AUCGCACAACACCAUAUAAUUCUCUGUUUCAUCGAUUGGAACAUACAAGUGCCUCCCGAGAACCCCUUUCCGUGCGCUGGGCUCCCUGCUGUUUAGCCCAGAUCCCUCUCCUCUCGACUUGGCAAAUUUUCGCCAACAAGGCUCUCCUGAGCCUCUUCAAACCUCACCACAUUGAUCCACCCUCGUUUUGCACUGCCGUCUAGGACUGGACAAUCAUGUCAACCAAACCACACGCUCGGUUAGCCGUGGACGAGAGGGGAUACGACCGUGCCCAUUCGAGAAGCCCUUCGCCAUCCCGCAGGAAAAAGGCGAAUAAACCGAAGAAGCAGGAGGAUGGCCCCCUCAGCAAGGGCGGUUCCGGCUCCCAGAAGCAGGAUAGCGGUCCGGGGGGACGAACCCUGAAGCAAAAAUCCAGAGAUAACGAUAUCUUCUUGCUACCAUCAUCCGAUUAUCAAAUCCUUGGCGUCUUGACGGUAAUAGGUGUCUGCGUUCGACUGUUCAAGAUCUAUCAACCUUCGAGUGUGGUAUUCGAUGAAGUGCAGUAAGUUCACCUCCCCAUACGGCGGUGCAAGGCGCGAGAUAUGCUCCUACAACAGUGGCAAGCGAGGGCGCUGUUACGGCGGUAUGGCGAGCUUCCAUUGGGAGGAGGAAGGCGGCCAUCAAUAUGACAGGGGCUAACGUGUGUUGAAGUUUCGGAGGAUUCGCUACCAAAUAUAUUAAGGGAAAGUUCUUUAUGGAUGUUCAUCCCCCGCUUGCUAAACUCCUUAUUACACUUGCGGGAUGGUUGGCUGGGUUCGAUGGGAGCUUCGAUUUCAAGGAAAUUGGAAAGGAUUACCUUGCACCUGGUGUGCCUUAUGUGGCCAUGAGAAUGUUGCCAGCGUUGUUGGGUAUUUUGGUUGUCCCCAUCAUCUUCCUGACUCUUAAAGCCGCUGGAAACUCAACGGCAACUGCCUCUCUCGGCGCCGGGCUUGUCAUCUUUGGUCAGUGCUUCUUGUCGCCCGUGAACUCCCGGAUCAGGCUAACCGAAAGAGUGUGCUGUAGAGAACGGCCUUGUUACUCAGUCUCGGCUCAUUCUUUUGGAUUCCCCUCUGGUUACCUUCACCGCACUUACAGCCUUGGCCUGGACCUCCUUCCUCAAUAUCCAUGAACAAGGUGCUUCGAAAGCGUUUGGACCCAAUUGGUGGCUCUGGCUAGCUAUGACGGGGCUCGGUCUCGGUGCCACAGUCAGCGUCAAAUGGGUUGGUUUGUUCACUAUCGCUUGGGUUGGGAGCCUAACUGUCCUGCAAUUGUGGUUCUUGCUUGGAGAUACAAUAAAUGUUACUCCGGUGAGUCCCGUAUUCGAACUUGUGCACUUUCGAGUUUGCCUUCUAACAAAAAUACUAGCGUUUGUGGUUCAAACAUUUCCUUGCUCGUGUUUUCUGCCUUAUCAUUAUACCGCUUGGAUUCUAUAUGCUCAUGUUUGCUAUUCAUUUCUUAUGUCUAGUAAACCCCGGUGAUGGUGACGGCUUUAUGUCUUCUGAGUUCCAAGCUACACUCAAUUCUAAGGGAAUGCAUAGUGUUCCUGCUGAUGUCGCGUUUGGUUCCCGCAUCUCCAUAAGACACCACAACACGCAAGGAGGGUACCUCCAUUCUCACAGCCAUAUGUAUCCAACUGGAUCGAAACAGCAACAGAUCACACUCUAUCCACACAAGGACGAAAACAAUCUAUGGCUUCUAGAAAACGAGACCAACCCUGACACAGGCAUUGAUGGAUACGAUAUCAUCACACCACCUAGCCUAGUUUUUGACGGCGCUACUGUUAAGAUUUACCACACGAGUAGUGACAGGAGAUUGCAUUCACAUGAUGUUCGGCCUCCCGUUACAGAGGAGGAAUGGCAAAAUGAGGUUUCGUAAGUUGUAAAGCUAAACCCGCAAGGGCUGCUUGCUGACGAUUCAUGCAGCGCUUAUGGAUACAAAGGAUUCGAGGGGGAUGCCAAUGACCUUUUCCGCAUUGAAAUUGUGAAGCAUCUUUCUGAUGGAUCUGAGGCCAAGAAACGUCUUAGGACUAUUCAGACCAAGUUUAGGCUUGUCCAUGUAAUGACUGGCUGCGCAUUGUUUUCACACAAAGUCAAGCUUCCGGAUUGGGGUUUUGAACAACAAGAAGUCACUUGUGCCAAGGGUGCUACUCUUCCGAAUAGUGUUUGGUAUAUUGAGGGCAAUGAGCAUCCACAACGUAGGAUUUCCAGGUCAUCAUGUCGAGCUAUAUAGUUCUAUGCUAAUCCACCCCUGUAGUCCGGGAGGGCGCCGAGCUUGUUAACUACAGGAACCCUGGUUUCCUUGGUAAAUUCUGGGAAAUUCAGAAGGUGAUGUGGCGCACAAACGCUGGCCUGGUUGAAUCCCAUGUAUGGGACUCCCGUCCUCCAUCAUGGCCGGUUCUUCGUAGGGGUAUCAAUUUCUGGGGCAAGGAUCAUCGCCAAAUCUACCUCAUCGGUAAUCCAAUUAUUUGGUGGUCGUCGACGGCGGCUAUCGCGAUGUAUCUUACCUUCAAGGCAUUCGCAAUUCUUAGAUGGCAACGUGGAUAUACCGAUUACUCUUUUACGAAUUUCCGCAGGUUCGAUUUCGAAGUUGGUGUCGCUGUAUUGGGUUGGGGCUUCCACUACUUUCCAUUUUAUCUGAUGGAGAGGCAGCUUUUCCUCCACCAUUACUUCCCGGCACUCUAUUUCUCAAUAAUCGCACUCUGUCAAGUCUUUGAUUUUAUCACAGCAAGGAUUGGAGCUCUUGGUUUGAACCAAAGGCCCGCCAUUGGUUGGACAAUUGCAACUAUAUUUCUUGGGCUUAGCAUCGUCGCUUUUUCGCUUUAUGCCCCUCUUGCCUACGGGAGCCCCUGGACAAAGGCCCAGUGCAACAGGGUUAAGCUCUUCGAAGACUGGGAUUGGGAUUGUAAUGCUUUCCACAAUUCGGUAUGAUCCUUACACUCGGGGGAGGUUCCCUUGCAGUACUAAUUCUGGUUUCAGUUGUCUGAAUAUGGCAAUAUUGUUGCUACCCCAUCGGAAGCUUUGACCUCAACACCGGUCCCUAUUGCUGCCGAUCCCCGUAAUGCCCAAGGGGGCGAAGGUGAAGCGCAGCAGCCAAAUACUACCCCUCUGGCCGAAGAGCUGAAAGAGGCUAACCGGGUUCCUGCUGCUGGUAUGCCUGAACGUCAGAAAGUGGUUGCACAGGAGGAACGGAUUGAAUACAGAGACCAAGAUGGAAACAUUCUUGACGAAGAACAGGUGAAGGCUCUUGAGGGAAAGGUUGAGUUCCACACGAGGUAUGAGACUAGGACUAGACUACUUGAUGAAGCUGGUAAUGAGGUUCCAGUUGAGAGUAGCAGGGUUGCAGGGCUAUUGGUGGACGGCGCAAACCCAGAGACACCAAAAGUAGAGCCAUUAGAGAGUGGAUUUCCCCCACGAGUGGACGCAGAAACCGAGAGUGAGUUGGACGCAGAGAGGGCACGGGCAGAGGCCAGCCCCGCUAGUGAUGGGCUACACGAGACAUAGGCUUGUUCUCUAUAUUUUCUUUCUUUCGGCAGUAUUGGCCCUGCGGGGAAGCGUAAAGGAUCUCACGGCAGUGUUUGUGGGUCAGGAUAGCGUGGCGUCGAGGAAUGAAUAAUGUCUUGUUUCUGCAUAUGGACUGAGUCACUAGGAAAAAAAGGGAUUUUUUUUUUGGUUAGCAACCUCUGGGGGAGGGUGUUCGUUUCGUUUUUUCUAAAAAAAUCCACAGAAAAUAGUAAUUUUUUUCUUUUCCUGUUAACAUCCCUGCUUACCCUCGCGUGCUUCAUCAAUACCGGUUUCCUUUGUCUGGCAUAUAAUG